AUGUCGACGCAGCAGUUUCUCACGGCUACGAUAGAGAUGGAAUCUUUACCGAGGUCGUCUGCCGACGACAGCGAAACCACACUGGUGGACAUAAAGCCACUCAAGAAGAGAUCAAGAAAGCAGUCAGUGGCUGCGUCAAUGACCACUCAAAAGCUAGCCAAGCAGGUCCAGCUAGACGAUAAGGCCCAGCCCGAGAGCGAAGAAGACAACAAAUCCCAGCCCAAAAGCCAGCAGCCAAAAAGCCCCCAGCCCCAGAGCCAGCAAAGCAAAAAGACCCAGACCAAAAGCACCCAAAACAACAAGUCUCAGUCAACGAAAGCACUUUUCGCUGAAACAUUAGGUGGGAGUAUGGCCUCGUCAGUCGUAUCACCCGUCCCAGACAUCGAAUCAAACGACCUUCUCGCACGACUGAAGCAUGCCAAGGCACUCAGCUAUCAGAAGCCUGAUUACGAAGGCAGGAUGAUCGAGAAAAAGGUGGUCACCUCCACGUUGAAAGCACAAGUGAUGACCAUGGAUAUCGGCAGCGCCACAUCUCUUGCCGAGAGUCCCCGACCGAAGAAGAAAAGUAAGGACAUCCAUACAUUCACUCUCGACGACUUUGCCGCGAUUUCAGCAUUGAGCACGCUGGUCGAAAGAUACGGCCGAGUAUCUCACAUGGGCGUUCUUGAUCCUUCCUACAGUUUUUUCAUGAGCAAAGAUCGCCAAGCAGCACUCUACUACAAGGUGAAGAACAACAUAGCAGUUGUUGGUGGCGAGCCUCUCUGCUCCCCAGACCGAUACGAUAGUGUUUUCGAAGAAUUCAGACGUCUGCGGAAACAUCGUGGCUGGGGCAUUGCCUUGCUCGGAGCAUCAGAGAGCUUUCUUUCAUACGCCAAUGGGAAGAAGUGGGUGACGAUGCGCUUCGGAACAGAAAGAGUCCUCAACCCACUCACCAACCCUGUCCUGCAGGAGAAAGAGGGCAAAAGAAUAAUCACGCAAAACAAGCAAAUGCUGGAUCCCGAACGAGGCGGUAUCUCGGUUCAUGUCUACGUACCAGCUCAAGGUCGUGACGAGCUUCUCGAGCAACAACUUCGACACAUCUACGACUCAUGGCGAGACAACCGCAACAACUCUUCCCAGCCUCAAGCUUACAUGACUGUCUUUGACCCUUUUGCCAUCCCAGUCCUGAUGACAUACAUCUACACGCGAGACCGCGAAGGCCAGUGCAAUGGCUUUGCAGCUCUACGAAAGAUCGGUGCUGACAAUGGCUACCACAUUGACCCAUACUGCGCCGUUCCCACAGCUCCACGAGGCAUCACGGACUUGCUUGUCUUCUCAGCAAUGUCACUCUUGCACCAUGCCGGCAUUGACUAUUUGAGCUUCGGAUUCGAGCCCGCUACUGAACUCGGCGAAGUCACAGCCCUGUCACGACCGAUGGCGUCCAUGACCAAAUCAUGCUAUCGUCGUGCAUUCCGCCACUUGCCCAUCGGGGGCAAGAAGGCUUACCAUGACAAGUUUCGUCCCGACCCAGAGCUGGAGUCAGGCUUGUACAUUGUUUAUCCUGACGGGCGGCCUAGUAUCCAGCAUGCAGUGGCCACCUUACACAUUGCCAAUAUCAAGGUCAGAGGCCUUCUGCAGAAGGAGGUGCUUGGACUAUGGAGACGUGGAGAGACCACUGAAGGGAAGAAAGAGGCCGGCUCUGAAAAGAAGGAUGCAUCAAAUGGAUCAACCCAGUCAUGA